AAGAGAACAAAAAGACAUAGAAGAAACAUGGCAUCUCAGCUGCGAUCCUACGGGCUCUUCGAUGGCCCCAGAGGCAGUUUAUUCUUCGAGAGAGAGGGCAAUCCUGAGGGGCAGUCGAUUUUGUUUAUUCAUGGACUUGGUGGUACAACCAAUGCCUACCAACCGCUUGUUUCUCAUCUGACCGACUUUGAUUUGGUGCGAUUCGACUGGUCCGGCCAUGGCCAAAGCUCUACUCCGCAGACGACGAACAUUGAUACAUAUGUGAAUGACUGCGAAGCGGUCAUCAAACACCUUGGCCUUCAGUCGGUUGUCGUAGUGGGCCAUUCCCUCGGAGGUCUCGUAGCCCUUCUACUUGCAGCAAAACUUCCACUACUAGUCAAGGCUUUGGUACUUUUUGGCCCUGUUCGUCCACCACCUGAAGCGGGCCAGAAAGCAAUGGCUGCACGUGUUGAAACAGUUCGCCAAGGUGGCAUGGCAGCCGUUGCUGAUGCGGUUAUUUCUAACGCAUUCGCCUCGGAAUCCCUUAAGAAGAGGAACGCGGAAGUGGCUUUGGCAAGAGAAAUGCUUACUCGUCAACACCCCGAGGGCUAUGCACUGGCAGUCGAGUCUCUCAAGAACAGUUAUGCUCCUGACUGGAAACGUAUAAAGGCGCUCACGGCGGUUGUUAGCGGUGAUGCGGACAAGGUUUCGUCAGUUGCUAUUGGAAAGAUGGUUGUAUCCGACCUUGGUGACAGCGCAGAGCAGGUCGUCUUAUCAGGUGUUGGUCACUGGCACAUGCUGGAGGCGCCUUUCAAGUGCGUUGAAAUAAUCACAAAGUACAGUAGCCAAUAG